AGCGGCUGCGCCGCCUGGCCAGGCCGGGACCGGGCUUUGUCCGCCCCAGAGCCCUCUGCCUGCGCCGCCGAGACCCCGGAGCCCCGGAGCCCACGCCCCGCGGCGCCCCCGACAGUCCAGCCCGAGUAAGACAAAGCGCUGCAGGAGCUGAAGAUGGCGAGCUCUGUGGCACCCUACGAGCAGCUGGUGCGGCAGGUGGAGGCCUUGAAGGCCGAGAACAGUCACCUGAGGCAGGAGCUGCAGGACAAUUCCAGCCACCUGUCCAAGCUAGAGACGGAGACAUCCGGCAUGAAGGAGGUCCUGAAGCACUUACAAGGCAAGCUGGAACAGGAGGCUGGAGUGCUGGUGUCUUUGGGGCAGACCGAGGUCCUGGAGCAGCUGAAAGCCCUGCAGAUGGACAUCACCAGCCUGUACAACCUCAAGUUCCAGCCCCCAGCCCUAGGCCCCGAGCCCACUGCGCGGACCCCCGAAGAAAGUCCCGUCCACGGCUCUGGGCCCUCUAAGGACAGUUUUGGGGAGCUGAGCCGGGCUACCAUCCGGCUGCUGGAGGAACUGGACCGGGAACGGUGCUUUCUGUUGAACGAGAUCGAGAAGGAGGAGAAGGAGAAGCUCUGGUAUUACUCACAGCUGCAGGGCCUGUCCAAGCGCCUGGACGAGCUCCCGCACGUGGAGACGCAGUUCUCGAUGCAGAUGGACCUGAUCCGGCAGCAGCUGGAGUUCGAGGCCCAGCACAUCCGCUCGCUGAUGGAGGAGCGCUUCGGCACCUCGGACGAGAUGGUGCAGCGGGCGCAGAUCCGCGCUUCGCGCCUGGAGCAAAUCGAUCAGGAACUGCUGUCCGCGCAGGACCGCGUGCAACAGACCGAGCCCCAGGCCCUGCUGGCGGUGAAGUCAGUGUCGGUGGACGAGGACCCAGAGCCUGAGGUCCCCACGCACCCUGAGGACGGUGUCCCUCAGCCGGGCAACAGCAAGGUGGAGGUGGUCUUCUGGCUGCUGUCCAUGCUGGCGACGCGCGACCAGGAGGACACGGCCCGCACCCUGCUGGCGAUGUCCAGCUCGCCAGAGAGCUGCGUGGCUAUGCGCCGCUCGGGGUGCCUGCCGCUGCUGCUGCAGAUCCUGCACGGCGCCGAGGCUGGCGCUGGGGGUCGGAACGGGAGCCCCGGGGCGCCGGGAGCCAAGGAUGCGCGCAUGCGCGCCAACGCGGCGCUGCAUAACAUUGUCUUCUCGCAGCCGGACCAGGGCCUGGCGCGUAAGGAGAUGCGCGUCCUGCACGUGCUGGAGCAGAUCCGGGCCUACUGUGAGACGUGCUGGGACUGGCUGCAGGCCAGGGACAGCGCCGACGGAGGCGGCAACGGCGGCGCCCCCGUCCCCAUUGAGCCUCAGAUCUGCCAGGCCACCUGUGCCGUGAUGAAGCUGUCCUUUGAUGAGGAAUACCGCCGUGCCAUGAACGAGCUGGGUGGGCUGCAGGCCGUAGCGGACUUGCUGCAGGUUGACUACGAGAUGCACAAGAUGACGCGGGACCCGCUUAACCUCGCCCUACGCCGAUACGCUGGCAUGACCCUCACCAACCUCACCUUUGGGGAUGUCGCCAACAAGGCCACGCUGUGUGCCCGCCGGGGCUGCAUGGAGGCCAUUGUGGCCCAGCUGGCUUCCGAGAGCGAGGAGCUCCACCAGGUGGUGUCCAGCAUCCUGCGCAACCUGUCCUGGCGGGCCGACAUCAACAGCAAGAAGGUGCUGAGGGAGGUCGGCAGCAUGACUGCUCUGAUGCAGUGUGUUCUGCGAGCCUCCAAGGAGUCCACCCUGAAGAGCGUGCUCAGUGCCCUGUGGAACCUGUCAGCACACAGCACUGAGAACAAGGCGGCCAUCUGCCAGGUGGACGGUGCGCUGGGCUUCCUGGUGAGCACACUGACCUACAAGUGCCAGAGCAACUCUCUGGCUAUCAUCGAGAGCGGCGGCGGCAUCCUGCGCAACGUGUCCAGCCUCAUCGCCACCCGGGAGGACUACAGACAGGUGCUGCGGGACCAUAACUGCCUGCAGACGCUGCUCCAGCACCUGACGUCCCACAGCCUGACCAUCGUGAGCAACGCCUGCGGCACGCUCUGGAACCUAUCCGCCCGCAGCCCGCGCGACCAGGAGCUGCUGUGGGACCUGGGGGCCGUGGGCAUGCUGCGCAACCUGGUGCACUCCAAGCACAAGAUGAUCGCCAUGGGCAGCGCCGCCGCCCUGCGCAACCUGCUGGCGCACCGGCCGGCCAAGUACCAGACCACAGCCACGGCGGUCUCCCCCGGCGCGUGCGCGCCCAGCCUGUACGUGCGGAAGCAGCGGGCGCUGGAGGCCGAGCUGGACACGCGGCACCUGGCGCAGGCGCUCGACCACCUGGAGAAGCAGGGCCUGCCCGAGGCCGAGGCUGACGCCGCCUCCAAGAAGCCGCUGCCGUCCCUGCGGCACCUGGACGGGCUGGCCCGGGACUAUGCCUCGGACUCGGGCUGCUUUGACGACGAUGAGGCGCCCUCCCUGGCUGCGGCAGCCGCCACCGCGGAGCCUGCCAGCCCAGCCGUGCUGUCGCUCUUCCUGGGGAGCCCCUUCCUGCAAGGGCAGGCGCUGGCCCGCGCCCCGCCUGCCCGCCGCAGCGGCCCAGAGGCGGAGAAGGAGGCCAGCGGGGAGGUGGCCGUGGCGGCCAGGGCCAAGGCCAAGUUGGCACUGGCAGUGGCGCGGAUAGACCGGCUGGUGGAGGACAUCUCUGCCCUGCACACCUCAUCUGACGACAGCUUCAGCCUGAGCUCUGGGGACCCCGGGCAGGAAGCGCCGCGCGAAGGCCGGGCCCAGUCCUGCUCCCCUUGCCGGCGGCCCGAGGGCAGGCGGCCGGAGCCUGGCAGCCGUGCCCACCCACUACUGCGGCUGAAGGCUGCCCACACCAGCCUCUCCAACGACAGUCUCAACAGCGGCAGCACCGGUGACGGGCGCUGUCCCCGCGAGCACACACGGCCCUGUCCACUGGCAGUGCUGGCCGAGCACCGCGAGGGGCCCCCGUGCAGCCAGGUGAGGCCCAGCCGGCUUGACCUCCAUCUGCCAGGCAGCCAGGAGCCGGCAUCCCGGGACAGCUCUGCCGCUGACGCCCGUGUGCGCACCAUCAAGCUGUCGCCCACCUACCAGCAUGUGCCGCUCUUCGAGGGCCACCCCAGGGCGGGCAUGGGGCCCCUGGCCCCCGGAGCCCGGAAGCAGGCCUGGCUGCCCACGGACGGCCUGAGCAAGGUGCCAGAGAAGCUGGGAGCAGACACAGUGCCGCUCUGCCUGUCCCGCUGCAGCUCCCUGUCCUCACUGUCCUCGGCUGGCCGCCCAGGCCCCAGCGAGGCCGGGGACCUGGACAGUGACUCGUCGCUGGAGGGGCUGGAGGAGGCAGGACCCAGCAAGGCAGACCUGGAUGGGGCGUGGCUCGGGCCCGGGGCCGCCUCCCUGCCCGUGGCCAUCCCGGCACCCCAGCGGGGUCGGGGCCUGGGGGUCGAGGACACCACGCCAUCUAGCUCCUCGGAGAACUGCGUGCAGGAGACGCCGCUGGUGCUGAGCCGCUGCAGCUCAGUGAGCUCCUUGAGCAGUUUCGAGAGCCCAUCCAUCGCCAGCUCUGUCCCCAGUGACCCGUGCAGUGGGCUGGGCAGCGGCACGGUCAGCCCCAGCGAGCUGCCCGACAGCCCCGGGCAGACCAUGCCACCCAGCCGCAGCAAGACGCCCCCGCUGGUCCCCGUGCCCCCUGGCGAGCGCGAGAGCACCCAGUUCAGCUUGCAGUGGGAGAGCUAUGUGAAGCGCUUCCUGGACAUCGCGGACCGCCGCGAGCGCUGCCGGCUUCCGUCCGAGCUGGACGCGGGAAGCGUGCGCUUCACUGUGGAGAAGCCCGACGAGAACUUUUCGUGUGCUUCCAGCCUCAGUGCGCUGGCCCUGCACGAGCACUAUGUGCAAAAGGACGUGGAGCUGCGGCUGCUGCCCCCGGCCUGCCCCGAGCGUGGCGGUGGCGGUGGCGGCCCUGGACUGCACUUUGCUGGGCACCGCCGGCGGGAUGAGGCCGGUGGCUGCCUUGAGGGGCCAGCCGCUGCCGACCAGGAGCUGGAGCUGCUGCGUGAGUGCCUGGGGGCGGCGGUGCCCGCCCGGCUCCGCAAGGUUGCCUCGGCCCUGGUGCCCGGCCGCCGUGCGCUGCCCGUGCCCGUCUACAUGCUGGUGCCUGCCCCCGCCCGGGUGGAAGACUCCUGCACCGACUCCGCUGAGGGCACACCUGUCACCUUCUCCAGUGCCACCUCACUCAGUGAUGAGACACUGCAGGGACCUCCCAGGGACCCGCCUGGCGGGCAUUCGGACAGGCAGAAGCCUGCAGGUCGUGAGGUCCCGGCCAGCCAGGCCACCGGCUAUAGGCACAGGGCACGGGGUUCGGGCCGGAGCACGGAGCAGGCCCGGGGGGCAGGCACGAGCCGGGUGGGGCUGGAACUGCCCCUCCGCGGGCCCUCAAGCGCCUGCACGGACCGGGCCAGCCCCCGCCCCAGCCCUGCGCGCGGGGACGGGGCGCUGCAGUCACUGUGCCUCACGACACCCACCGAGGAGGCCGUGUACUGCUUCUACGACUCAGAUGAGGAGCCCUCCGAGGCGGUGGUGCCCCCGCGGCGGGCGUCAGCCAUCCCCCGUGCAGUAAAGAGAGAGCACCAGGCUGGCAGGAAGGAGGUGCAGGCCGUGCCCAAGGCCACACCCAAGGCCACGCAAGCCGCCCGCACCCAGCCCAGCCUCAUCGCCGACGAGACGCCGCCGUGCUACUCCCUGAGCUCCUCCGCCAGCUCCCUCAGCGAGCCUGACCCUCCUGAGCCUCCGGCGCCCCUGGCCAGCCAGCCCCAUGCUCCCCAGCCAGCGGCCAAUAAGGUGCCAGGCACUGGGGGUGUGCGUAACGGCCCCCUGAGCCCGCGGGCGGAGACAGGCCUGCUCCGGCGCUGCGUUGGCUCCGCGGUGCCCAGGCGCCGGCUCCAGGCCUCAGGCCCACGGCGCCGCAAGCCCCAGGCUGCCCAGCCAGACAGGCGGCCGGCAGAGGCGCCCCGGGAGCGUGGGGACGAGGCGGCGAGCUCAGACCAUGCCUCAGACCUGGACAGUGUCGAGUGGCGUGCCAUCCAGGAGGGCGCCAACUCCAUUGUCACGUGGCUGCACCAGGCGGCGGCGGCAGCCACCCACGAGGCCUCGUCUGGGUCUGACUCGAUCCUGUCAGGAUCCGGGCUGUCCGGGAGCUCCACCCUGCAGCCCCCUCUGCACAGGAAGGGACAGCGGCUGCAGGCGGGGAGCCAGGCAGUCAGCACCGCGAGACCAGAGAAACGGAACUCGACCCUGGCCCAGCACAGCACCAGUGGCCCCGAGAAGCUGCGCGGUGCUCAGAAGACCGCAUGCAGGGUGCCAGCCGUGCUCCGGGGACGGACCGUGAUCUAUGUGCCCAGCCCGGCCCCCCGGGCCCAGCCCAGAGGCAACGCUGGCACCCGCGUGGCACCAAGGAAGAUGGGACCCCCGAGUCCUGCGCAGCCAGCAGCCCCUGCCAAAACCCCCAGCCCCGGGCAGCAGCGGUCUCGAAGCCUGCACCGGCCAGGCAAGAUCUCAGAGCUGGCGGCGCUGAGGCCUCCCCAGAGGAGCGCCACACCACCCGCCCGCCUGGCCAAGGCCCCCUCAUCCGGCUCCUCCCCGGCGUCUCCGGCCUCCCAGCCCCCUACGAGGAGGCCGCCCCCAGGCACCCAGGCCGCAGGGCCUCUCCCCGGCCCCGGGGCAUCUCUGGUGCCCCAAACACCCACACGGGCCCUGCUGUCCAAGCAGCACAAGACACAGAAGUCACCUGUGCGGAUCCCCUUCAUGCAGAGGCCAGCCAGGCGGGGGCCACCACCCCUGCCCAGGGCAGCCCCAGAGCCAGGCUCCCGGGGUCGGGCGGCAGCUGAAGGAAGCCCUGGCGCCCGAGGGGGCCGCCUGGGCCUGGUGCGCAUGGCCUCUGCCCGCUCCAGCGGCAGCGAGUCCUCUGACCGCUCGGGUUUCCGGCGGCAGCUGACCUUUAUCAAGGAGUCCCCGGGCCUGCUGCGCCGCCGCCGUUCGGAACUGUCCGCUCCCGAGGCUGCGCCCCCCGCCUCCCAGGGCGGCUCACCCCACCGCACUCGACCUGCGCUGCCCGCCGUCUUCCUCUGCUCCUCGCGCUGCGACGAGCUGCGGGCAGCCCCCCGGCAGGUUCCGGUCCCCCAGCGAGCCCCCGUGGCCAGGCCCAGUCCUAGUGAGCGGCUGGCCCGGCGCCCCAGCUCUGAGAGCCCGUCCCGCCUGCCUGUCCGCACCCCGGCCACCCGGCCCGAGACAGUCAAGCGCUACGCCUCCCUGCCGCACAUCAGCGUGGCCCGCAGGCCCGACACAGCCGCCCCUGGGUCCACCACGGAUGCUGCCCGCCGCAGCAGCGAUGGCGAGGCCCGGCCACUGCCAAGGGUGGCGGCGCCGGGCACCACGUGGCGUCGCAUCCGGGACGAGGACGUUCCACACAUCCUGCGGAGCACGCUGCCCGCCACUGCCCUGCCACUGAUGGGUGCCCCAUCCGAGGAGGGCCCCAGCGGCCCCCCACAGCGCAAGACCAGCGAUGCCGUGGUCCAGACGGAGGACUUUGCUGCCACUAAGACCAACUCCAGCACGUCUCCGAGCCUGGAAAGCAGGGGGCCCCCCCAGGCCCCAGUCAGCGGCCCCACUGCCCUCUCUGGCAGCGAUGUGGACGGGCCCGGUCCCACCAAGGCGCCCACCUCUGCUCCCUUUGUUCAUGAGGGCCUGGGGGUGGCUGCAGGGGGCUUUCCUGCCAGCCGGCACGGCUCCCCAAGCCGCUCAGCCCGUGUCUCCCCCUUCAACUAUGUGCCCAGCCCCAUGGUGGCAGCCACCACUGACUUGGCUACAGAGAAAGCCCCCACUGCUGCCCCCACCAGCCUCCUGGAAUAGUGGCCAGGGCCGGCCUUCUAGAACAUCCUUUCCUGGCCAAGGGCUGGUCUGGCGGCCUGGAGGGUGGUCCCACGGUCCAUCUACCCACCAGAGCCCGUGCCCUUGGAGCCCCACUGCAGCCUGAAUUGGCCUCACAUCUCACGCAUAGACGCUUGCUUCCGUGCUCUGGGGGCUCUGGAGGGAACGGGGCUGCCGGCUGGACCUCCAGUCCCAGCCUGGAGUGCGCACAGCGAGGCCUUCUGGCCUCAGCCUGGCCCCCAUGCAGAGACCACCCUCCCAGCCUGAGCCGCCCUCUGCAGCAUGCUCCAGGGCCCCGAGCUCCGCUGGGCCCAAGCCUCAGCAAGCCCUUCCCAUGUCAGGAGCCGCAGGGAGGUGACAGAGCCCACCCAAGGUGGGGGAUAGGGCUGGGGAGGGUGGCCCCAUUAAGCAAGCGCCUGCCAGCUGGGGGCCAGCCUACGCUGGGACGAAGCCUGUAAUUUUGGAGGCCCGGUAAUUGGUUAAUGAUGACUUUGCGGGUUUGUUUGCCUUCUCAUCCCCAGCUGGGGAGUGUGGGGGCAGGGAGUGGCCGAGCCCGACUCAAAGCCCCCGCCCCAGACAGCGCCGCCUAGGGAGUUGGAGCAGCCUGGACGAACAGGGACCGGCCGGUGCACCAGCGGCAGGCGCAGACAGAGCCUUGGAUGGGGGAAGGAGGGCCCUGGAACUAGGCGCGGUGCAGUGGGAAGGGGCAUCGCAGGGCGACCCUCGGGGGGGGGGUGCGUGCGGGUGCUGGGAUGCCGCCAGGGUCUGCGGUGCACCCUGUGGGAGGAAGCGUGUGGAGGGACAUUCCUGAAGGCGGCUGCCCGGCUUUUCAAUUCCCUUCUCCUUCGCCACACACACCGUGCUGGGCUCCCCGGGCUCCGCCAGGCGCACCAUCUCCUCCUCGGGACAGCACUGUAGCGGCGGGCGCGGGGGAUGCUGGCCACCGGGUGCUAGAGUGUUGUUGCCCUGGAGCUGGAGGCGGACAGACGAGGGACAGCAAGCCCGGAGGCCUCACUUCUUCCCCUCCCCCCACCAGGCUGCUCAGGGUCCGUGCGCGCAUGUGUUCGGGGUCGGCUCCAAGGGCACCUCCUUGCAGAAAGAGCCAACGACCUCUUUCCUGCGCACGGAGGCUCUGGGGAGAAGCUGCUCUCGGCAAGCGGAUCUGCUGUGACAGCCGCCGUGCCACUCCCCGCCCGGAGCCGAUGCUGUUAGAAUAGACGGGACACGGCCACCCAAGUCCCUUCUCUGGAGGAGGUGCGCCGUGGCGAGGCCCACCUGCAGACACCACUGUCCCGCCCCAUUACCCGAAGUGCUUCCUGUGGCUGACGGUCCUCACAGGAAACCCUUGUGAGCUGUGCUGAUCCCAGACCCCACAGACACCCUGCUGCUGUCAUGUUGCAUCACCAACGCCCCGUCCCGUGCGACGGGAGCCGGGGCCCGGCCCAAGGGCAGGAGGCAGCGGAGGCAGUGACGGUGGCCGAGCCAGCUGCGAAUGGCCACAGCCCGCCCCUGGGGACACACCAGAGUGUCUCAGACUCUUCUCAGAAACCACCAGCCCUGGUCCCCCUGUAGCCUGGAGGGACGGGACUGGGGCUCCUCCAAGCUCCUUUCUGGAUUUGGGACUGCCAGACAUCGUGCUUGCAUCUCCACAGGGCAGGUGCUCCCCGCGACGGCCUGGUGGGGGGGAAGCAGCUGCGGAUCUGUCACCAGCUCGUCCAGCCACAGGGGCCCACGGCUUCGUGCACUGUGAGACCCUGGGCAGUGCUUCCGCCGCUCUGUGCCUCAGUUUCCCCACGUGGGCCGUGGGGGGAACUCCCAGAGCUACCUCUUGGGCGAGUGGAGAGACCACCAGGCCCGGGGGAGAGACCUGUGCUUCGGGACCCUCCCUCGUUGCUGCCCCCGCCCAUCUGGCCACGGGCAUAUCCUCUUCACAGGCAGGGCAGGAGGGCAGCUCCACCUUGGUGGCACCCAGGGGGCCCAUGUCCCGUCCACGCCCGGCAGCCACUUUUGCCUUUCCCAGCCCCCUGUGUGGGGGCACAGCCACACCUCAUCAUCCAGCCUGCGCGGGCAGCGGGCGGCGGCAGGUGGCGGUCACCGACAAUCAACCUGAGUCGGGAGCUGGACGCCUAAGGUCUCAGGACCCGAAGGACCAACCGAGCCACCCACCAAGGGAACCGUGAAGGGCUCAUCUGCCUCUGGAGCACUCCUGGGGCAAGCCCGACAGGAACGCCUGGGAGCCCAGGCCUGUGACUUUGGACCCCGAGCCGGAUGGACACCACCACUAGCGGGGUGCUGAAUUUGGGGCUACCUGCUGGAGUGGCAUUACCUCACCCCUGCUGCCCCCCACCCCUGUCACCUGGCUGGCGGCCACAUGCCCC